AAACCCGAAGCCCGAGAGACCAUUCAGGAGAAUGGCGGCGUCACGUGCCAUGGGCUGCCUCUGUUCCCCCAAUAUUUUUGUUUUUGCUUUGACACUUCGCCCUAACAUCGUCCUUUUCUUUUCCCUCUGUCAUGCACACAGCCUCCGAGCUAGCCUGCUGCAUCACCUACGCAUUCUUCUUCGAUCACACUUCAACCUCAGCUCCACAGAUCAUUGCAUCUCAAAAUUUGCCCUAGGAGUAGGUAGAACGGGAAAUGGCGAUAUAUCUUGCAUCUCGUCGCCUAUCGGGUGGAUCGACGACCUCACCGCUGCUUGGGGCGUUGCGUUUUACAUAUUUGAGAUGCUACUCGACGUCCUUCAGAGAGGAAAGGGAUACAUUUGGACCAAUUCGUGUCCCCUCUGACAAGUUAUGGGGGGCUCAAACUCAAAGAUCAUUACAGAAUUUUGAUAUUGGUGGUGAGCGUGAAAGAAUGCCUGAACCAAUCAUUCGUGCCUUUGGCAUCCUUAAAAAGUGUGCUGCCAAGGUGAACAUGGAGUAUGGCCUUGAUCCAUCAAUUGGAAAAGCAAUAAUGCAAGCUGCCCAAGAAGUGGCAGAGGGAAAACUAAAUGAUCAUUUUCCUCUUGUCAUAUGGCAGACUGGCAGUGGAACUCAAAGUAACAUGAAUGCCAAUGAGGUCAUUGCAAAUAGAGCGGCUGAGAUUCUUGGUCAUAAGCGUGGUGAGAAGUUUGUGCAUCCAAAUGACCAUGUGAACAGAUCACAAUCUUCUAAUGACACUUUCCCAACUGUAAUGCACAUUGCUGCUGCAAUGGAAAUAAACUCAAGAUUAAUACCAAACUUGAAGCAUUUACAAACUAUGCUUAAUACAAAGUCCCUUGAAUUUAAAGAUAUUGUUAAAAUUGGGCGUACCCACACUCAAGAUGCAACACCUUUGACUCUUGGGCAAGAGUUCAGUGGCUAUUCUACACAAGUGAAAUAUGGUAUUGACCGAGUUAUGUGCUCUCUGCCUCAUAUGUAUCAGCUUGCACAAGGUGGAACUGCCGUAGGCACUGGACUGAACACAAAAAAAGGGUUUGAUGUAAAGAUUGCUGCAGCGGUAGCAGAAGACACAAACUUGCCAUUUGUUACAGCAGAAAACAAGUUUGAAGCACUGGCUGCACAUGAUGCUUUUGUUGAAUCCAGUGGUGCCCUGAACACUAUUGCUGCUUCGCUCAUGAAGAUCGCAAAUGACAUACGCUUCUUAGGGAGUGGUCCACGUUGCGGCCUUGGCGAGCUCAUUCUUCCUGAAAAUGAGCCAGGCAGCAGUAUUAUGCCUGGCAAGGUUAACCCCACUCAGUGUGAAGCUCUUACAAUGGUCUGUGCUCAGGUUAUGGGAAACCAUGUGGCCAUUACAGUAGGUGGAUCAAAUGGCCAUUUUGAGCUGAAUGUUUUCAAGCCUAUGAUUGCCAAUGGUCUUCUGCAUUCAGUGAGAUUGUUGGGAGAUGCAUCUGCUUCCUUUGAAAAGAACUGUGUGAGGGGGAUUCAAGCCAAUAAGGAAAGGAUUUCGAAGUUGCUGCACGAAUCACUAAUGCUCGUUACAUCUUUGAAUCCUAAAAUUGGUUAUGACAAUGCUGCCGCUGUUGCGAAGAAGGCCCACAAGGAAGGAACUACCUUGAAGGAUGCCGCAUUAAAUCUCGGAGUGCUGUCCAGCGAAGAAUUUGACCAGCACGUGGUGCCUGAGAAAAUGAUUGGUCCGACUAACUGAUUGCCUACGGAAGGAAUUCCAAGCUCCUGUAAGCCCUGAUUUCAGCAGCAUCAAUUGCUGAAACAAUAUUUUCUUCACCCACCGGAUUGGAAUUUAAGUGUCCAGUGUUAAUUUCAUUUUUUGGGAACACAAUUUCUUGAGGUUUCAUCAAUGACACUGUCAUUGAUCAUUGCGGUCGACGAGGGAGAACGCCCCUUCAUUUUUUUCUGUAAUUGUAAUGGAAAUGGAGAUUAGAAGAAAACAGAGAGUCAGAAUAAAAAUAAAUAUACAUCUCAGGCAGUAUGCUGAUCUUGAUAUUUAA